AGGAUUCAAGAUGGCGUCGCUGGCUUCAGACAUGUUUCCCCUCCUCUCCUGGCAGACUGUGUUUGUGGCGCCAAGUUUGCUGUCCGCUAUCGCCUGGGAUUGAGGCUGUGUGAGAUGUUUUGUGAGAAAGCGAUCGAGCUGAUUCGAGAGCUCCACCGGGCCUCGGAUGGACAGCUCCCUGCCUUUAAUGAGGAUGGAAUCAGGCAAGUUCUCGAGGAAAUGAAAGCUUUGUAUGAGCAGAACCAAUCAGAUGUUAAUGAAGCAAAAUCUGAAGGCCGCGGUGAUUUAAUACCAACAAUUAAGUUCCGACAUUGCUGUCUCCUACGGAAUCGACGCUGCAUUUUAGCAUACCUGUAUGACCGAUUACUUCGAAUUCGAGCUCUCCGAUGGGAAUAUGGCAGUGUACUACCAAAUGCAUUGAGGUUCCACAUGUCUACAGAAGAGACAGACUGGUUUAAUCAAUAUAAAAAGUCCCUGGCAACAUAUAUGAGAUCAUUAGGAGGUGAAGAUGGCUUGGAUAUAACACAAGAUAUGAAACCACCUAAAAGUUUAUACAUUGAGGUGCGGUGCUUAAGAGAUUAUGGUGAAUUUGAAAUUGAAGAUGGGACAUCAAUUUUACUAAAGAAGAAUAGCCAGCAUUUCCUUCCCCGGUGGAAGUGUGAGCAGUUGAUCAGACAAGGAGUUCUGGAACAUGUAUUAUCUUAGGACAGUACUUCAUCGCGUGUAUUACUGUGUAGACCAAUACAAACAUUAACUUGCUGUCC